GCCAGGGAAAUCAUUCUGGUCGUAUUUCUGUGAGGGUUUGAAAGGCCCAAUUGUUAUCACAACCCGGAACAGAGGGGUGACAUCGAUGGUGGAGGAUAGCAAUGUUCUUCAUGUUGCACCGAUGAAUAACGACCAAGCGAUAGCACUGUUUGAGAAGAAAUGUAAUGUGCAAGCUGACAGAGAAGAGGUUAUCCAGCUUGUGACGGCCCUGGAUUUCAUGCCGCUGGCGAUUACGCAAGCGGCAGCCUAUGUCAAUCGUGAAUCGCCAAACCUGUCAGUCCCACGGUAUCUUGAAUUGAUCCCUGGGUAUAACAAAGUUUCUACCACCUGGCAACUGUUAUUUAACCAUGUACGAGAAAUGCAGCCGUCAGCGGCAGAUUUGUUAUGUGUUAUGAGUUUCUUCGACGCAGAUGGAAUUCCUGGUUACGUUUUUCGUCAGAAGGGGACAGGGUUAAACAUCAGAGAUUUGCCUACCUACGACAAAGAUAGGGCAAACAAUGGCGGAGAUGGAGAGGCGAGCGCAAGUGAACCUAGUGGGCUUGAUAUCCUUGAAAAUGACAUCUCGCUGUUGGAAAAAUACUCAAUGAUAUCCGUCAGCGCAGAUGGAUCAAAGUUUGGGAUGCAUCGGCUUGUUCAAGGGACCACACAGAAUUGGCUGGAAGACAACGGGCAAUUUGAAGAAUAUAAGGAGCGUUUUAUCCGAAUACUUUGGAGCAACUUUCCAGCGGGGCGUUUGAGAAACUCGUCAAGGUGCGAAUCGCUAUUUGCUCACGUGCUAUGCGCGGCUGCACAACGCCCGAACGCAGAAGCCUCUUUAGGACAAUGGGCAUCUUUACUGCAUGAAGCAGCAUCGUUUGCGAUGACCCGAGGAACUUACGCUGAUAGCACAAAAUUGGCAGGGGAAGCUUUCUCCACCAGAACGAAAUUAUUUGGCGUAAGGGAUGAGCAGACACUCAAUAGUUCCCAAGUCCUGGCACUAUCAUACAGUCUCGAGGGCCGAUGGAAUGAAGCCCAAGAGUUACAAGAGCAUGUGAUGGAGACUAGCAAGCAGGUUCUAGGAUCAGAGCAUCCUUUCACUCUGACUACUGCGAGCCAUCUCGCAUCUACAUACUCACAUCUAGGGCAACUGAAGGAAGCAGAAGAGCUUCUGACUCUGGUAAUGAACACGAGCAAGCAGUUGCUAGGACCAGAGCGUUCUGGUCCUCUACCUACUAUGACUGCUGUCACAUCUUCACACUGGAACCAAACACAAAUCAAAGAGGCCGAAGAGCUCCUGACACUGGUGGUACAAACCAGCAAGCAGAUCCUAGGGCCAGAACAUCCCAACGCUCUGCUUAGCAUGGAUAACCUCGCUUCUCUAUAUAUGAGCCAAGGAAACUGGACGGCGGCCAAACAACUGCUGAUGCAGGUGAUACAGAUCAGAAGACAGGUCCUGGGGCCAGAACAUCCCAGCACUCUGCUGGGUAUGGAUAACCUCGCAUCUCUAUACAUGAGCCAAGAAGAAUGGACGGCGACAGAACAGCUGCUGUUACAGGUGAUAGAGAUCAGAAAGCAAGCACUGGGACCGGAUCAUCUCGAUACUCUACAGAGUAUGAACAACCUCACAUCGGUGUACGUACUACAGGGAGAAUGCAAGGUGGCGAAAGAGCACCUGAUCCAGGUGAUAGGGACCAGCAUGCACGAGCUAGGGUCGGAUUACGCCAACACUCGGAUCCGAAAGGAUAUAGAGACACGAGUAAUGAACACUCACGAUGAAGUGCUAGAGCUCAAACAUUCCAGACCUCUGCUUACUAUGAACAUGCUCGCAUAUCAGCGCAUGAACGAAGGACAAUGGGAGGAAGCAAAAGAGCUACAAAUGCAGAUGGUGGUUAUUCUGGACUCAUUAAUAGAGACUCGAGAGGAGGGCUCGGAUUCAGCCACUGAAAAUGACUCAGUUUUUUCUGCCUCGGUCUCCCACCCCAGCGCCACUUCGUUGGAAUCAAGAGGACGGGAAAUAAAUUUGCUGCUCGUUCGCGAGUUUGCAACCUUGCUUUUUGACGAUGGCACUCUGUUCUCGCUCCUCUUAGUCGGCAUAUCAGAACAACGGAUUGGAUUUGAGAGGAUGCGAAACAACUUUCGGAGGUUGCUGAAACACUUCGCGAACAAUCUCAAGGUGGACAUCCACAGUGAAUUGCACCAAAACUUUAGGAGAUUUGUAAGUUCUUAUUCAAGGAUGAUUACCCAGGAACUCUUUGCCAUGACACCCAUCGGCAGAGAGCAUGUUACUAGACUUCUCGUUCCAGAGGCAGUAGAUGGGACCGCAUCAGUGAAAGACCGCGCAGUCCGUGAAAAGAGAGUGGAAAAUUAUCUUCAAAGUUUACGCGGGACUGGCCCAUUUCUUCCAACAAAUGAAGCAACAACAGUACUCAAUCGUGAUGACGAGGAUAGUGAUCAAGACUCCGUGGCAGAGGAAGCCGGCGAAGAUGAGCCAUAUGAGGGAUCUUUACCGCAGUUGGACCAAGUGAAGAGCUUCAUUUUGGAAAGCGUCGCCUACCAAAUGUUUCGUCGCCGGCUCCAAGAAUUUGUCCAUCCCUCGUUGUACUCUCGGCUUCGGGAUCUGGUGACACAAUGGACUGAUCAAGACGACAGGCGCUGUGGCGAUACUGUGCGUUAUAAUUUGCAUAACCUUGUCUCGGAUCUGCAGCACGUGAAUCCCCUUGAGGUUCGAUUUGACAUUGGCCAUGGAAGUUCUCGAUUCGUCAAGUUUAUCAGUCCCUAUCAGUAUUUAGUUGAGCGCUGGACCGGGGAGCAUUGGGAUUGGUGGCCAUUUCCUCCCUGUCAGAGACCACUGGAAGAAUCAGAAACACGGUUACGAUGGAAGUGUGAAUGUGGUGAAGAGCGAUGGGCAGAAGUGCCAAAAACAUUUGCCAAACGCCUUCAGUCUAUAAUUAGAAGUCUUCCCACAGGCACUACCGCAUGUGAAGAUUUGCAACCUCCUCCAGUGACCCAAAUUCGAUCUGACUCGCUCCCUAGUAGCGCUUCAAAUAAUGAAAUCUCUAACCAGGCACCUCAUCAGGGUCAUGGAAUUAAGCAGGCACUUGGCUCAUCAUCGGAUCCUUCAAUUCAUCAUCGACUACCGGGACCCCAGACCAGUAACUUUGACAUGAGUCUCACCCAGCACCGCGUCCUCUUGGUCGUUAAAAGUGGCCACAACUAUAGGCUCGCACAGAUUCGCGUGAGCAGUUCGAACCAUAAUACCUUUUUCGGCACUUUGAGAGAAGAAUAUUUCCGCCUAAGAGGUAUGAUGCGAAGCUGGUUCAGUGUUUGGAGGUACAACCAUUGCGAGUUUUACGAGUUCGAGAAGUUCGAUGACCACCUUUUCGCACCCAAAACCAAGAAUGCGUUCCCUAGCCACAGGAACACCGAAUAUGAGUAUCUGCCAAGACCGAUAGACAACAUUCCCCCAAUAAGUGAACAUGCAUUCUGGUGCAAAUUUUACGCAUGUCACAAACCACGACCAUAUCACCUCCACCACAAAUGUAACCAGCGGAGGUCUCAUUCCAAUGAGAUGCUAAAGUCCCUUCCCAAAAAAAAGACCGAACUAGAAGAAGGGGGCGACAAGCGAGAGUACUUCUGGGGGAUCUAUGCAUGUGAAAACAUUAGUAUACGUUGGAUCAUUUUCUACAAUUUUCUCUGUGUUUCACCUUUGCUAGCAUUCUUCGUGGCACGGAUCAUACCACAAGGGCACGGCACGGAUUUGCAAAACCCGUCUAUCCCGCUUUCAAUGAUGUGUUCGAUGCUUUCUCUCUUCUGGAGUGUAUAUCUUAGCAGUCUACAGUUUGGCAGGUCUCAUUGAAGCCGUGUAAUGGGUCUUUUUUGUGUUUAGGGUCCCUUGCACCCGGGUAGUGUGA